GGACUGUGAGGAAGGAAGUGUCAUUUGCUCGUUCGGUAGUUUACAGAGUGUGGUAGAGUAAGAUUUGUUUACAUAUUUCUUUCGUAAGGUUUGACACUUUAGACAACCCCGCCGUUUUCACGUAUUAGUCCAGUGAACAGCUAUGGACGAUAAAGUUAUGGAAACCGCUAAUGUUGGCUGAAUGAAUGUCUUUCAGUCAGUUAAAAUUGUUGGAAGUUGGCUCGUUCCAAGCUAGCUACUACGUAGCUAACAUUAGUACAGUGAGGACGGGCUACUAUUUAUUGUGAUCGUACGAUAGGCUACGGUGGCUUGUGGUCAGCCAUAAAAACAUAACGUCUGUCGAGCAGCUGUAAACGCGUAGAGCUCCCUUCAUUUUGGACGCGAGGAGCUCUUUGAUAUAUCCUACAAUGGAUCCAUUUGACAGUAACAGUACAGAGCAGGCCAACCUGCCGAGGAACAUGAUUGAAAACAGCAUGUUUGAAGAAGAGCCUGAUGUUGUGGAUUUGGCCAAAGACUCCACUACAUUUCCGACGUUUCCUGCUCUUGACCCAGAUGAGGUGGUGUUUGAGCCUCGUAGCUCACGGUUGCUUGUGCGAGGCCUGGGAGAGAAUGACAUGGACGAGGAUGAGGAGGACUGCGAGUCUUCAGCCCGUCUGCUGGGCAUGUCCUUCAUGAACCGUAGCUCUGCUCACAGAUCCAACUCUUCCCCAUACACCAGACAGGCUCCACCCAGGUCAUGUUCACGACCCUCAGCACGUACCAUGGUUGUAUGUGUGUUAUUCCUGGUGAUAGUGGCUUCCACGACCAUGGUACUGUACCUCUUACCUGGAUGCACCUUUACCAAGACAGGUUGUCGUAAGAUGAACAAAACCGCUCCCAUAGAGACCGUCUACCCUGUGUCCACAAAUGGCCAACUGUUUCCAUGGGCCCAGCUCCGGCUGCCUCAAAGCAUACGUCCUCUAAGCUAUAGCCUCACCCUGAACCCUGACCUCGACAACAUGACCUUCACUGGCCGCACUGUUAUCAACAUGUCUGUGCUUCACAACACCGAGCGCAUUGUCCUGCACAGUGCUAAUCUCAGCAUUACCAAAGCUACCUUCAAGCUGGGAGAUGGGGAGGCCACUGAUGUGACUGUACUGGAGUACAAACCCAGACAGCAGAUAGCUGUUAAAUUCUCUGAGGAGCUGAAGGCAGGCCAGUACUGUGUUUUGACCAUGGAUUACUCUGCCACCCUCUCACACACCUAUGAUGGUUUCUACAACAGUUCAUACUCUGAUAAAGAUGGAAACAAAAGGGUCCUAGCUGCAACCCAGUUUGAGCCACUAUCAGCCAGAAAGGCCUUCCCUUGUUUUGAUGAGCCAGCUUUCAAAGCCACCUUCCUGAUUAAAAUCAACCGAAAACCAAACUACAUGACUCUUUCCAACAUGCCUAAGGCUAAAUCCACAUCUCUUCCCAGUGGCCUCAUGGAAGAUGAGUUUGAAAAAACCAAUGUCAACAUGAGCACCUACCUUGUGGCUUUCAUUGUUGCUAAUUUCACCCCAAUUAGCAAAAAUGUCUCAAAAACUCUGCUGUCUGUGUACUCUGUGCCAGAGAAGAAGGAACACACUGAGUACGCUCUGGACACAGCCUCCAAACUGCUUGAGUUCUACAAUAACUUCUUUGAAAUAGACUACCCCCUCAAAAAACUAGACUUGGUAGCCAUCCCAGACUUCCUGGCAGGAGCCAUGGAGAACUGGGGACUCAUCACUUUUAGGGAGACCAGCCUGCUGGUGGGCAAACAGAACUCUCCUCUGGAGAAACAAGUAGUUUCCUCUGUCAUAGCCCAUGAACUUGCUCAUCAGUGGUUUGGAAACUUGGUAACUAUGAGCUGGUGGAAUGACCUGUGGCUCAACGAAGGCUUUGCCACUUACAUGCAGUACAUGUCACUGCAGACAGUGUUUCCCCAGCUGGACAUUGGUAAUUUGUUCCUGACAGUGCGGUUCAGGGCCUUGGACAAAGAUGCACUAAACUCCUCCCACGCUGUGUCGACAGAAGUUACUACGCCGGAACAGGUGGAAGAGAUGUUUGACUCUGUCUCCUAUGAAAAGGGUGCAUCCAUUCUUCUGAUGCUGAACGCCUCCCUGCCAGGGGAUCAACAGUUCAGAAAGGGUAUCAUUCAAUACCUAAAACAGUUCAGUGGAUUUAAUACGGAUACCGACAACCUCUGGAACAGCCUUACACAGGUCGAAGUCUCGACGCAGCACCAGAAUGUGUCAGAGAUGAUGAGCUCAUGGACAUCACAGAAAGGCUUCCCAUUGGUCACUGUAAGCCGCAAGGGAGAUCAAGUGACCCUCACACAGCAGCAAUUCCUCCUUACAUCUGACAAUACCACGCAUACUUCCAGCCUGUGGAAUAUUCCAGUGACGUACGUAAACGACAGCUGUAGUUUGGCCCCUGAGUGCAGACAGGUGUUCACUCUGAAGAGCAAGACAGGUACUCUUAAGCUGCCAGAAAGUGUAAAGUGGCUGAAGUUGAACUACAGGAACACAGGCUUCUACAUCGUCCACUACGGAGAUGAGGGAUGGUCUGCUCUUAUAGAGGCGUUGUCCAAAAAUGUCAGUGUUCUUACACCCGAGGACCGUGCCUCCCUGAUACACAACAUCUUUGCUCUCUCCAGACUUGGAAGUGUAUCCUUCUAUCAAGUCCUCAGCCUGUUGAACUAUAUGUCCAGUGAAACAGAGACUGCUCCUGUUACAGAGGCAUUGUUGCAGCUCAGUAGUCUCUACAGGCUGCUUGACAAAAGACAGGAGAAUGGUCUUGUGGCCCGCAUGAAGAAUUAUAUUCUGCAUCAUUUUGGUUCUCUGAUGGGCAAACAAACGUGGGGAGAGGAGGAGAGUGUGUCUAAACAGGAGUUGCGCUCAGCCCUUCUGGAGAUGGCCUGUAGUCUGAAAGAAGAAAACUGCACUCGGCAAGCCAAAGCCCUGUUCAAACAGCAUGUUGAGUCCAAUGGGACCUUCCAGAUACCAGGCGAUCUGCAGCGAGUUGUAUUCACUGUGGCUGCUCAGUCAGAUGAAGACUGGGUGACUUUGCUCGGCAUGUACAGAUAUGCCACCUAUGAUGCAGAGAAGAGAAAAAUGCUACAGGGCCUAGCAUCCACUCAGAACACACAGAGUUUAGCAUGGAUUCUAAAGUCAGGUCUGAACGGGGAUAUCAUCCAGACACAGGAGUUGCCUUUGGUCAUCAGCACUGUGUGUAACGGCUUCGCCGGCUACUUGUUUGCUUGGGAUUUUGUACAAGAGAACUGGGGCCGACUCAUAGAGAAGUUCCCUGUGGGCUCCUUUGCCAUCCAGACAAUCAUCAAAUCUGCCACCUCUCAGUUCUCCACGCAGGCACACCUCGAUCAAGUACAGGGUUUCUUCUCCGGUCUGAAGGAGCGUGGCUCUCAGAUGAGGACUGUGAAGGAAGCCUUGGAAACCAUCAGGCUGAAUCGGCGCUGGAUAGACAAGAACCUGUCUAAACUCCAAAAAUGGCUCUAAUACAGGCACUCCAUCCAGUCUCUGCCCCUCUUAACAGGCGACUGGGGCAUGUCGUCAAAACAACAGCAGUGUUUGCACUAUUGUAGGACUGUGUCUCCUAACUCCCUUUAUCCAGGCCAGAGUAGUGAGAUUGGUCCUCUAAGUUGUAUUUGCUAGCUCAGGGUGGCACUCAUUGUGUGUCUGACAGGGAGUUGUCAGAUGCAAACACACACUCCUCACACUUUAUGCUGUCGACCAAACCUCUCCUCUGCAGCUCUCAUAUAAACCUCAUGCCUGAGUAGACAAUCAUGCUUCACCCAAACUUCUUUUGCUGAGCUUGGUCUCAGGCACUUAACUCUAUGAGCUGUCUAACGGCCUCUUCAGAAAGAGCGAGAGUGAAGAAUGUUACUGUUUAUGUAUGUCCUGUCAUUCAGUCCUGGACUUUCUCUCAAUGGUCGGAUAUAUGUAAAUGCGGCUGUCAGGGAUUUCUCAGCAUACAGUACUUCAGAGAUGUUAGUAUUCCUAAAAUUAAACUAACCUUGUACAACUGUGUUAUGAAAAUCCGCGUAGAAAUGAUAGCUGCCUGUCAAUCUGUACUCUAAUUAUUCAUGCAGCCUGAAGCAUUUACCAUAUUAGUCAGGGUUUGGCUAGAAGAUUGGUUGAUUGAUUGAAACCUUAAAGUAACAAACUUGUGUCAGCAUCACUUGAAUGUACUGAAAAACCUUCCAACUGUGUACAGUAGAUGGCGUACUGCACAGCAGUGCAGGUUUAAAUCGACAACCCAUGUGUCUUAGGCGAGAGCAGGCAGUGCACACUGGAGCCAAAUAUUUCUUUCUUGCUUUCUUUCCUUCUCUCUUUCUCUACCAGUCAUAAGCCCAGUAUAGCUCUUAUCAGCAAGUUUUAUUUUGAUUGCUUUUUUGCGUGCUGUGCAGUCCCUGUACAGACUCAUUCUUUAACUCCAUGUGCUUGUACACUUGUAAUUAUAAUGUAAAUAUGCUCAAACCCAUAACCUUUUUCCCUGCGAUUUUGGAUGUACUCUUUUAAACAUCUUGACUUUUAACAUUUUAAGAGUUCUGUUUUGUGUAUAUAGAGUGUAAAGGGGAAAUGUACACAUAGAGCUGAUCAAGAGUCUUGGUCAAAUACUUUUUACUGUAUUUCCAGAUUUAGACCACCGCAAGGGUGUCUUUAGCUGAUGAAUGUUUGUGUUUUAAGGGCUAAUGUGCAUAUUGAAGAUACAAAGUGUAUAGAAUAACAUCUAUAUUGGGCAUGAUUAAUCAGUCCAAUAAGCUGUUGCUCAUCAGCCAAAUAAAAAUACAGAUGGUUUAAAGUUACUCCAAUGUUAACCAGCCGUGUUGCUAGUGAGAAUGAAGAGUAGCCUCGCUAUUUGAGAGAGUGUCUUUACAUGUUUCCCCAACUGUUGCUCCAAGAUGUUAUUUAAAUACAGCUGUACACUCAUCCUGAGCUUUUUCUAAAGUAGUAGUUAUCCACUUCAUCACUGUUACGAUAUGCAGGAUAAUCAAUUGCCAAUAGAUUGGUUGAUUUAUUUUUUUUUUAGACAUCCUGGUUAUCCUCAUCAGGCUUGUAUUUCUUGUUUUUGGCUGUCAUACUACUGUUUAAAGCCUCUGUGUCAUUUAUGUAAAAACUAUACUGGCAGGAAUUUUGAAGUUCAUAAACAGAAUAUUAUCACCGCUAAUAGUACCUCCCUGUGCAUGGGUGCGAAACCGGUGUGGGAUCAUGGGCUUAUCUCUGGACUAGUUACUCCUUUGGGUUUAGUAGGGGUGCCUGCCCAGAAUUAGGGUCUACAACCUGAACCUCAGCACAGGUUAGGUUUAAAUAAUGCUGAAGACACACAGGGUGGCACCAUUGGUACUGGAGGAGGCGCCUGGCUGUCUACACCCUCCCUAGGUUAACAGUGGGGGUUAGCAUCAUGAAGAAUCGCAGUACAGAGAAUUGAAAAAGUACUAAUGAGUAAAUCAGAUUUUGCUGAAAUGAUCUUAUUACAGUUUAGAUCUGUCUACAGACUGUCAACAGUAUUUCCAUUGACGUACUCCAUCCAGUCAAUCAUAGUUUCAAAGACUGAGUGGUAAGAUGUUUAACUGACAUUUAAGAAUAUGCCUUUAAAUGCAAAUCUAAUACUUUAAUCUCCCAGCUAAUUAUGGAUCAUACUGUUGUGGAUAAGUAUCAUCAGUCAGGACACUUUUCCAGCUGCCAGGAAUCAGUUCAAUUCAGCUUUAUUAGCAGGAUGGCAAAAUGAUUUCCAGCCAUUUAUUGGCUAGAAAACAACUGGGCAAUAUGAGGUCAGUUGUAGUAAGUUUUCAGACACAAGUGUUUUUGAUGUCAUUCUUACUGAUCAGGUACGGCGUUUAGUCGAAGUUGUUGAAUCAGUGACGGGAGAAUUGUAGUAGAGUACCACGUGCAGUAAAGCCGAUCAGAUUGUCUUCGUUCUUGCAUUGGGAUGAAAUGGUGCAGAUGCUUUUAAAAACUGUGUUGCUCCUCAUGUG